AUGGCGUCUGUGCGGGGCACGAGCAGCGUCGGCGGCGGGCGAGGGGCCAUUGCGGCCUUGGGGGUCGAAGGGGAGCCAGGCGGGGGGCUCGGCGGGGGUCCUCCUUCCUCCUCCCAGUACGGGAACGGGCUGGGGGGAAGCGGCCCCGGCGGGGAGCCGGGCGGGGGGCUCCGCGAGUUGGAGGAGGAAGAGCUGGAGGAAGAGCUGCUGCUCGAGGCCACGGCGGGCGGCGGAGCCGGAGGAGCAGGCGGCGGCGGGGGAGCCGGAGGAGCAGGCAGGGGCGCCGGGCCCAGGGCCGCCCUUUCCUCCUCGCUUCCUUCCAGGCCCGGCCAGGCGGGAGUAGGCGGCCCGCACCAUCACGCGCACCCCGAAGAGCUGGAGGAGGAGGCCGGCCUGGGAGAGAGCGACCCCGGCGACUCGGCCAUAGAAGACCCGGAACUGGAAGCUAUUAAAGCUAGAGUGCGAGAGAUGGAGGAAGAAGCGGAGAAGCUGAAGGAGUUGCAGAACGAAGUAGAGAAACAAAUGAAUAUGAGCCCCCCACCUGGCAAUGCUGGCCCCGUCAUCAUGUCGUUAGAAGAAAAGAUGGAAGCCGAUGCCCGAUCCAUAUACGUAGGCAAUGUGGAUUACGGGGCAACAGCAGAAGAGCUUGAGGCCCACUUCCACGGCUGUGGCUCCGUCAACCGCGUGACCAUCCUCUGCGACAAAUACACUGGUCACCCCAAGGGGUUUGCCUACAUUGAAUUCUCGGACAAGGAGUCGGUGCGGACUUCCUUAGCGUUAGAUGAAUCCCUCUUCAGGGGGAGACAGAUCAAGGUGAUUCCCAAACGGACCAACCGCCCUGGGAUCAGCACCACAGACCGGGGCUUUCCCCGAACCCGGUACCGUGGGAGAGGAUCCGGCUACAGCAGUUCCCGGGCCCGUUUCUACAGUGGUUUCAGCAGCAGGCCGCCCCGAGGGCGUGCUUACAGGGGCCGGGCCAGAGCGACCUCAUGGUAUUCCCCUUACUAAAAACAAAAAAAAAAAGUGGUUGUUUUAGGAAGGAGGAAAAAAAAAAAGAAAAAAAUGAAGAUUGUUACCAUGAUGGAAAAAAAAAAUACUGUUGGUGGGCGGAGAAUGUCUCUAAUGCUGUGCAGAGAAAGGGCUGAGAUAUCUAGAUAUAUAUAUAUAUGGGAGGGGGGGAGACAUAAACAUUGGGGGGGGGUUGUGUUGUUAAAUUUCCCCCACUAGUGCUGGUGAUUCAAGCCUGCCACCUCCUCCCCUUCCUCCCUUUCCCUUCCAUCUGCAGAGAUUGUUGGGCGUGACCAAGGCAUUCUUCCUCUUAGGCUUUUAUUGUUGCCCUGUAUUUCGGGGGGGGGGGCAGUUGUGGGGAGGGGUUGGAGGGUUGCCAGCUCCCCCCACCCCAAAUUCUUGUGUAUUUUGUGAGUUUUGUGGUUAUUUUGUUUCUUUUGCACCCCUUGCCCAUUUCUUGCGUGUGUGUCUGCGUGCUUGGUUUCUUCCAGCCCUCAUUUGACUCUCUCCUCUGUCUCUCCCCCCCCCCCCCAAAAGAAGGGAGCGAGUACUCUUGGCUCCAGCAGCGAUGUUGUUCCAUACGUCAGGUCUUGCCCAACUGCUUUCUUUAUCUUUCUCACCUGGGCAGACUCAAAGUCUCUCAGCAUCCUAUUCUGGGUGUUAGACAGGAAAUCCUUCCUGGGUUUUCUCUGCUCCCCGCCGCCAAAAAGCCCUUGUCCUUUCCGCUCAAACGGAGAUGUGCACAUAAAACGUUCCCUCUAAAACAGGUCGGGCUGUUUCCUGUGAAAAUUGCCGCCCCUCCUCAAGGUGUUGUAUAUUUUGCUCCCCACACCACCUCCCCUGCCCCACACCACCUCCCCCGGGGGAUGUUAUAUGCCUUGUUUGAGUGUCUUUAUCUUUACAGGUUCCUUUAUUUUUUAGCCUGAAGAAAUAUCACCGAAAACCGAAGCUCUAGAAACCAGGGGCAGGGGAGAGAGGACUCCCUUGGGGCCUUGGUGGGUGUGGGGAGGAAUUGAGGCCCAUCUUUCCAUGUGGGAUAAUGAGUUUUUUU